GGAGAAGUAGGGGGAGGGGUCAAGUUUUGGACAGGAGGGAGACAGCUCUCAUCCCGAAAUUCCACCGCCCCAAAACGAAGCCACGAUGCUACACUGGAGGCUGUUGGGGGGAGAUGAGAAAGCUCAGCUUCAGGAGCUCAACGCCCGCCUCUACGAGUAUGUGUCCCGGGUGCGGCAGCUGGAGCAGGAGAACCAGCAUCUCCUGGACGAGUUGCAUAACCGGAGAGGAGAGGAGGACUGGUGGGCGGCAUGGCAGGGACGAUAUCAGGCGGAGGUGAGCAGCCUGAGGCGGCAGCUGGAGGAGCUUAGCUGGGACAAGUCCCUGGCAGAGGGGGAACGCGACAGCCUGUGGCGCGAGCUGCAGGAGCUAAGGCUGCUGAGCGAGGAGGCGCGCGCGGUCCGGGGCCAGCUGGACGCCGAGCUAGGCGCGCAGCGGAGUCAACUGAAGGAGGCCCUGGGCGCUCGGGAGGCCCUGGAAGCGCUGCUGGGCCGUCUGCAGGAAGAGCACCAGCGCCUGCUGAUGGGGCACGAGCGGGACGUGCGGGAGCUGAGGGAGCAGGUGUCCACCUUCUCUAUGCGAUUCCGCGCGCGCCAGCCUCCCCGAGAGUCCCAGCUCAGUCUGCAGGGGGUGCAGGACAGCUACGCUCUUCUGGUGUCCGAAUCAUGGCAGGAAACUUUCCAGCUGUACCAAGACAAGGUGCGUGAGCUGGAGGAAAAGGUGAAGCUGGGGCACGAGAGUCGGCAGGAGGCGGAGGAGGAGAAACGGCUCUGCCAGCUCGAAGUGGAAUCCCUGCACCGGGAGGCUCAAGAGUUGGACCAACUACGCCAGAGGCUUGAGGAAGAGCUCCUGAGGAUGAGAGAGAAGUACGACCUGGAGAUGGAAGAAAAUCAGAGAGUAAUUGACUUCCUGGAAGAUGAAAAGCAGAAUUUGACUAUGACCAUCACAGAUAGACUAAAGGACUAUCAGGAACUAUUACAAGUGAAAACGGGCCUAAAUCUUGAAGUUGCAACUUACCGAGCCUUAUUGGAAGGAGAAAGUAAUCCGGAGAUACUGGUAUGGACUGAACACAUACAGAAUGUUCCACGAGAAGUCAGGACUACAUCAUGCCAGUAUGCCAAUUCAAUUUUACAAAGAGAAAACAAACGGAAUAUAUACUCCAGAGAGAAAAUAAUCUCAUCAGAUAAAAACAUCUCAGCACCAUAUUCAAAUCGAUCAACAUUCUUUGGACCACAGUCUACUCUAGUGACUAGAAGUGAUUUCCUGGGUCCAAGCUAUUCUUCCUCUUCCACUCGAAGACAAGAAACCUCAUACGAAAGGAUUGCAAGAAAUCAUAAUCGACUUGGGACACUUCCUACAACAGAUGAUGGCCUUUUGAGAAGCACAGAAUCUCAGGUGAAAGUGAUUCCUGACAGGCAGAAAACAGAAAGUACAAGUAGUAUCACCACAUAUUUAACCAAAGAAUCAACAAGUGCUCAGAGACCGAGCCAACAACAUAAAGAUAUAAGGAUGAGUACGUCUCUAAGCACUCAAUCACAAGAAAGAAGUGUUCUUCAGGGAAAGAAAACAGAGGAGAGAAAAUAUAAAAUGGAACCAACUAAAAUAAGACCAGAGGAGAAAAUGUUUGACUCUAAAGAAAAGGCUUCUGAGGAAAGAAAUUUAAGAUGGGAAGAAAUGACUAAACUAGAUAAGGAAGCAAGAGAAAGGGAGAGUCUGCAGUUGAAGGGAAAAGGCAAAGGAGGUGAAUCAGUGAAGGAGAGAACUACAAUAUUUGGAGAAAAGAAAGAAAUACAGAUACCUGUUAGUUUUGAGGGACAUGGGCAUGGAAAAGUAUCUCAAGAUAACAAAGUAGAAUUAUCAGUAAAAGAUAUACAAACAGUUCAAAAAAAGGGUGUCAGUGAGAGUAAAACUAAGUGGACAGAUGAGAGAGGGCUGAAGUUCAAAGUAGAUGCCAGUGAUGCUACUGACUCCACUAAAGAUGACUCCACAAGAAAAACCAUAGCAGAAAAUAUAGUUUCCAGCAUUCUACAGCAGUUUGUGCAGCCUUCUGACUCGGAAACAUCUGCUGGUCCUUCUCUGGACACAAAAGUCACUUACGUAGAAAGGGAAGAACUUCCUGGUGUUGGGAAGGCAAAGACUGAGAUUGUCGUGGAGUCUAAAUUGCUUGAAGAGAUAGAUGUUUCAGAUGAAGAAAGCCUGAAGCAUCUCUUAAGCAAGGGUGCAAAGGAAGUAGAGAUUAAAGGGAAAUCAGCAGAAAGCAUGAUAGGAGAUAUAAUAAAUCUUGGCUUGAAAGGAAGAGAAGGGAGAGCGAAAGUAGUUAAUGUUGAGAUUGUUGAAGAACCACUAGGAUAUGUAAGUGAUGAAAAGACUGACUUUUCAACACCAUUUGAGGUAGAGGAAGUAGAUGAUAUCUCUCCAAGCUUUGAGAGGCAUUACAGUGAUGAGGAAGGCGAUGAAGAAACCAGUAUCACUUUUUCAGGUAAUCGGCUUACAAAGAUAAAGCAGCCCCAUGAGAACCUAACUCACUUUGAAGAAGUAACUGAGGCAGGUGACUCUGAAGGAGAGCAGAGAUAUUUUGUGUCUACUCCAGAUGAAUACCCUGGGGGCUAUGACAAAGAUGAAGAUUCUGUAUAUGGGCAAAUUCAUGUUGAAGAAGAAUCAACUAUCAAGUAUUCUUGGCAAGAUGAAGUUGCACAGAGCACGGAGAAGAGGAGAAAGAGAAACAAUUUGCCCGGAGAUGAAUUUUCAAGUCCAACAGAAGUCUUCUCCCCCGAAGAGGAUAUAGAUUCCUCUCCCCUGAAGGAACAUCCAAAAGGUGAUGAAGUGCAUGCUGAAUCCACUGUCAUUGAAAAAGAAAUUAAAAUACCCCAUGAAUUCCAGACCUCGAUUAAAGGACUCUUCUCCAAAGAUCCCAAGCAUCAGCUGGUAGAGGCAAUUGGGCAGCUGGAAGGGAGCCUCCCUGAAAGCGUAAGAGAGGAGUUGUCUGUCUUAGCUAAGGAGAGUCAGAAGGACACUGGCAAUAUUUCAGUUAAAAAAUUUGAGAAAACCACUGAUGGUGGAUCAGUCACGAUUGUUGCUGAAGUCAAUCUCUCAGAAACCCUUGAUGCGGAUCAGUUAGAUCUGGAACGAUUAAGUAAAGAAGACUCUAGCAAAGUAGAGAAAACGUUGCAGUCGGCAGUUCUGGCUAGUUCUGAAAAACACCGUGUUCAGGAACCCGAAAGCCCAGAUAGUAAAAAUGGUCUAAAAGUUUCUGGUUCCAGUAUUAAAUCCAAGCGUUGGGCCAGUAGAGAAAUAUAUAGUUCAUCUGAGAGAGAUGGUGGUGGAGCAGGACAUUAUACUGCUGAACACGUUUUUCACCAGGGUCCAGUUUCUGCAACUGUGGAAGUUAGCAGCCCAAGAGGUUUUGCUCAAUCACAUGUCUUAGAGGACAUAAGCCAGUCUGUAAGACAUAUUAAAAUAGGCCCCACUGAAAUUCGAAGGACAGAGCAAAUCUUUUAUGAAGGACCCACUUCACAAGUGGUAGAGAUAGAUGUGACAAAUAGAGAAGAGAGCCCCACCACUGCUAGAAGUACACGAGAAACUACCAUCUUCUUUUCCCCAAGAAAGGAAGCAAAAGUUCACAUUGUGUCUGAUGAUGGUGAAUGGAAAGACGAUGAAAGCAGAAAGGACAAAGAAGCAAGUGUGGGUUUUCAGGCUUCUGCUGCUCAAGAAUACCAGGUUCAUGGAGAACAAGUCACAGAGAAGGUUAUGUUUGAUAAAACAGUGCAGCUACAGAGAAUGGUAGACCAAAGGUCAGUGAUUUCUGAUGAAAAGAAAAUUGCCCUCCUCUAUCUAGACAAGGAGGAAGAGGAGGAAGAGAAUGAUGGACAUUGGUUUUGAAAAUUUAAACAGAUUGAGUUUUAAUAGCAUCUUAUAUAAUAGUACCCUAAACAACACAUUGGUAAUUUAAAUUGUCUUGUUUUUUUAAAAAGAGACUCACCAGUUGAGAUUUGCCAAUCCCAAAUCUUUUUUGUGUAAAUUAAUUAAAAAAGAGAGCUCCAAAGAUUUAAAAUUUAUUCUAUGGACCUCUACAUGGAGCAUAUUUUGAAAUUUUGAGAA